UGCGCGGUCACUUCACAAAGGUCUAGAAAUAUCUAUCCUUCAUAAUUAACUUCGUGUUUGAAAGAUGCCUGGUGCCAAUUGUUCUGUUUUUGGAUGUGGUACAUCAAGACGCGACAAAGGAAUCAGUUUAUUCAAGCUGCCUGCAGCCAAAGACAAAUUCACGUCAAAAUGGAGAGAUGAACUGUUAUCAAAAAUCACACGGGACAGGGUUCUCGAUGCAGAUUUUCGCCGCCAAAUAAAAGAAGACAGACUUCAUAUCUGCGAAAGACAUUUUGAGAAGGAUAAACUCUAUAUAUAUUCUUCACGAAAAUCACUUAAGGAUGGUGCAUUGCCAACACUUUUCCUACCAGAAAAGUCAGUGCAAACGAAAAAAUCUGAGCAAAGAAAUAGUGAAGCUAUCAGAAAACGGAGUGUUGUUUCUUCAGAACCACCAGUUGUUCAGAGGAAGGUGUACUACAACAACCUUGAUGAUGUUGAGACAGCUAUCUCUUGCCUAAAGGCACAAGGCUGGGAAUUUACAAUAUCACCUGAGAGUGUCAAGAUUUGCAAACAUCACAAGACAUAUAUUUUGCCAAUGUUUGAAAUUUUUAUUGAUUCAAGUUUGUCUUUUACUGUAAGAGUCCAUGGAUGGCUGUUACCUGAUGAUCAUCUCAUAUACAAAGAGAACUUGCGCUCAGUUAGACAUCUUACAUUAUCAAGAUUGAUGCUGCUUCUUGAGGGACAUGAUUUUUGCCAAGGGAUUGAGCAGCUUUCUAUGCAUUUGUCAUCAACAGUAAAGCAUGUUUUACCAAAGCAUUUUGACAUGUUUUCAAAUGAAGAAGGUGUCAGGUUAUGUCAGGAUGAGGUAAAAAGAAGCAUAAAUUGUGAGCUACUGAUAACCGACAAUGACAGGAAUAUGUGUCUUUUUUGUGAGCAACAGACAAAGUGUGAAGUGAGAAAAGAAAGAGCAAAAGAAGCAUCACUUAUUCCUGCUAAGUUAAAUGCCCCAGUCACCGUAACCAAUCCACAAAGACUCAAAUUGACAAUGCAGCAGCUAAGGAAUGAAAAUGCUGAUCUUAAAACUGAAAUUGAGAUUGUCAAACAGCAACUAGAGAAAGCAUCAGUGCCUGUUCAAAAGCAUCUAGAUAAAGAUUUACAGGACAUUUUCAACCAAUGUGACAAGAGGAGGAUAUCACCGUUCAUGAAGUUAUUUUGGGAGGAGCAAAUGAAAUAUCUUCAGUCAUCACCAUCUCAAGCCAGGUAUCACCCAAUGGUCAUCAAGUUUUGUCUUGGACUGUAUGCCAAGUCUCCAGCUGCCUAUCAACAUUUGCGGUACAAUGAGAAGGAAGGAACUGGUGUUCUUGUCCUUCCAAGCCAAAGGACACUACGUGAUUAUAGAAACUAUAUUAGGCCCAAUAGAGGCUUUAAUACAGAAACCAUUAAGGAUCUGUCAGAGAAAACAAAAAGUUUCACUCCAGAGGAAAGGUAUGUUGUUAUCUCAUUUGAUGAGAUGAAGGUUCAAGAGGAUCUUGUGUGGGACAAAAACACUAAUGAGUUGAUUGGUUUUGUUGAUCUGGGUGACACUGAUCUAAAUUAUGCUGCAUUGAAAAAGGUUGAUGACAUCGCAACACAUGUCCUUGUGUUCCUUAUUAGGAGUGUUGUGAAUCCCCUUUCGUAUUCGUUUGCGACCUUUGCAACGACUGGUGUUAAUUCAUCGCAGCUAUUUUUAAUUUUCUGGAGGGCAGUGGCUAUUCUAGAAAUGACAUGCAACCUGAAAGUCAUAGCUACUGUAUCUGAUGGUGCAUCCCAAAACAGAGCUUUUUAUAGAAUGCACACAGCCUUUACAGAUGAUGCAGGCAAAGAUGUUGUUUACAGGGCAGUCAACCUCUAUGCAAGUGAACAACGUUUCAUCUGGUUCUUCUGUGAUGCUCCACAUUUGAUUAAAACUGCCAGAAAUUGUCUUGCCAACUCAGGAGCAGGUAGAAAUAGCAGAUUAAUGUGGAAUGAUGGUGCCUUUUUAUUAUGGAACCACAUAUCAAAACUCUAUUAUGAAGAUGCCAAUUGUGGGCUCAGGCUGCUACCAGGUUUGACUAAUGAUCAUAUCAAUCUCACAUCAUACUCAGUAAUGCGAGUGGGGUUAGCUGCACAGGUUCUAAGCUCAACUGUCAGUUCUGUUCUCCAAAAUUAUGGUGGGCCUGAGUGUCAGCAAACAGCAAAGUUCUGUAUGAUGAUGGAUCACUUCUUUGACUGUUUAAAUGUCCGUAAUACUAUUGAACAUAAAUUGAAAAGGAAAGAAUUCCUGAAGCCAUACUCCUCAGUAGAGGAUGAAAGAUUUUCGUGGCUACAAGAAGAGUUUCUUGGUUACCUUGCAAAUUGGAAGAGCUCUGUUGAAAAUCGAGUAGGAAACUUUGAUGCUGUUGCAAAGGCAAAGAUGUUUCUUUCAUGGCAAACAUAUGAAGGUCUCCAGAUCACAUGUCACUCAUUAGUUGAAUGCACAAAAUACCUUCUCAAUAAAGGAGUGAAGUAUAUUCUUACAGAGAAUUUUAACCAAGAUGAUCUGGAAAAUUAUUUUGGACGUCAACGAGCAAUUGGGUCUAGAAGGGACAACCCAUCAGUCCGUGAUGUGGGGUACAAUGACAAUGUCAUUAAGUCACAGUUUUCUGUUGCCCCCUUGGGUAAUGUGAAAGCUGUAAACAAAUGGAACAAUAUUGAAGAAACUCCACUGCCCAAGCGAAAGAAGACCUAACUGAACUAUGCUUUUCAUUUCAGUGUAUAAUGUUUAAAAAAGUUGAGCUGAUUUAUUUGAAAUUGUUAAUGUACCACAAUAUACUGUGUCAUAGAAAGGUAAACAGAAGAACUGAUUGCUAUUUUGAAAACAGAAUGCUGAUAAUUAUUUUACAUAAUUUGUUCAACUCAAUUUUAUUUAAAGAAUACAACUUAUUACAAGGGUUAUAGCUACAAAGGAGUUUAAUACUUUAUGACUAAGGAAAAGCAAGUCUUAUCAAACCUGGGCUGUGAACAUAAAGAGACAAUAUAUUUGUUAUGUGCGAAUGAACAAGACAAGAAUGCUAACUUGAAUUUGACCCUAAGGCAUCAUAUCUAAGAACUGCUGCAGGGGUAUAUUUAGCCUUGUUCUUCUUAUAAAUAUGUUAUCUUCUAAAAUAGAUAACAGAAUGAAUCUUCCAGUUGAAAAUAAUUAUGUUCUCUUUCCUUUCUUUCCUGGAUACACCUUAUUAAACAACUACAAAAUAAUCAAAUUAUGUGCUUAGCACCAAUAACAUUAGGUCGCUAGAAGUGUUCUUUGCCACUCAAAAAAUUUCCUUGUUGCUGCCUUCCCCCCCCCCAGAUUCCCUCAUUUCUAUCUCAUUCCACUUAAUUUGCUUGUCACCUUUCUAUUUAGACUUGAUGUAUCAGUAUUCUUUAGUACAAGUCUCUCCAGUUCAAAGGUUACAUGGCAAAAUGCAAAAGUGAAAAA